AUGGCCACUGUCCUAACGGCUAUUGUUGGGAUCAAAGCGAUUUUACUCUGUCUCGAAAGCAGGUCGAAGGCUGCUUAUCUGCAGCCACCAUACAGUAAAUUACCCCCAGAAUCUACUAGCGGGAUUAUCAACCUUAGCCUUUUUUGGUGGCUGAAUGCCCUCUUCCGGAUGGGCUACCGACAGUUGAUCACGACCGAGGAUUUGUUCGAUAUAGACCCUAGUCUGAAGGCUGAUGUAAUAGGCAGGGAAAUGCAGGACGCAUGGAAUAUUCGCGCAAAACCCGAAGGGCAGAUGGCCUUGCCAAAAGCGGUCUUAUUCAUCCUUCGGUGGAAUCUAUUCUCUGUCGCUGUACCACGCCUGUGUAUGAUUGGUUUCAAUUUCGCCCAGCCAUUUCUUAUAACUACAGCUAUCAACUAUAUGGAUGAGUCUGAACCGCACAACAAAAACGUCAAAUAUGGGCUAAUUGGGGCAACGUUUUUGAUCUACUUUGGUAUUGCGAUAUCCGCAGCCCACUAUAGACGGUGUUUUGUACGGGUCCUUACCAAAUUCCGUGGAUCCAUGAUAGCUUUGCUGUACAAUAAAAGUCUAACUAUCCAGGUCGGGCAUUGCACAGGAAGCGCUGCGUUGACUCUUAUGAGCACCGAUAUUGACAAUAUCAUUGAUCUACUUGAAAAUAUCGUUGAUAUAUGGGCGCGUCUAGUGGAAAUCGGAAUUGGCAUCUGGCUUCUCGCCCGACAGAUUGGUGCUGUCUGUGCGACCCCGCCUAUUAUCACAGCUGUCUGGGCAAUUGGUCAAUUAUGGAUUGCAAAGAGUAUCGGAACCGACCAGCAGAAAUGGAAUGAGUCCAUCCAGCAACGUAUGAGAGACAUAUCCUCGAUGCUAGGCUCAAUGAAGGCAAUAAAAAUUGCUGGAUUAGCUAGGCCAGUUGCACGUAAUGUCCAGGACCAAAGAGAAACAGAGCUUCGUAUAGCUCGUGCAUUUUUCAUGGGCAUCAUGUGGCUUAACGGACUAGCAAACUUCCCUGCAAUCUGGUCACCGGUUAUUUCAUUCAUUGUCUUCUCGAUCCAAGCAAAGAUUACAGGCUCCCAAUCUCUUACAUCUGUGCGAGCUUUCACAUCUCUGAGUAUUAUCGCCCUGGUGACCGCUCCAGCCGAGAAACUGCUAGCUGUUUUACCACAUAUUGCAGCUGCACUAGGAUGCUUCCAGCGGUUACAAGAAUAUAUGUUGUCUGAUUCCAUGAAGGACACCCGUGUCUUCGAACCGUUGAUAGUCUCUCCUUUCUGUGAUAAUGAGGGUGAUGACGACAGUUUAGAAGGUACUCCAAAAUCGACAGAUGCCAUCUGGCGAUGCGAUAUGAGCCUUGUCGACCUUGCCCUACCGGGAGCAUUGAUCACAGUCACAGCAUCACUAUUUCAUUGUGUUGCUCGCCUUGCCUUAAUAUCUACCGGUUCAAGCUACAUGGCUCUUAGCAUUCCAUUCACUGUUCUAACUGUCUUUGCCGUUCAACAUGUCUAUCUUAAAAAAAGUCGCCAGCUCCGGUUCCUGGACUCGGAAAACAAAAGCCCGCUGUACUCACAUUUCUUGGAGACACUUGAAGGACUCUCUACUCUACGAGCUCUGGCAUGGCAGACGCCUGCUAAACAGAUCCAAAUUGUUUUAGUCGUGGCGCUGGCGAUAGAGAUGCGCAGCACGACUAGCGGUGGGCUUAUCGGUGUUUCAUUGAAUAACGUGCUGAGUUUUAACCAGUCUCUUUCAACCUUUGUGACGGCUUGGACCUCGCUUGAGACGUCUCUAGGUGCUAUUGCCCGUGUCAAAACGCUUAGUAAGAUGACGCCGAACGAGAACAAGCCCGACGAAAACAAGGAACUCCCUGAAAGGUGUCCCGAAACUGGUGCAAUUGAGAUUGAUCGUGUAUCAGUCAAGUACGCUAACGGCGCCAAUGCAUUAUCCGACGUUACUAUAAAGAUAUCUCCUGGCCAGAAGAUUGGCCUCUGCGGCCGAACUGGGAGCGGUAAAAGCUCUCUAAUCCUUAGUUUACUCCGUCUGGUCGACAUCUGUGAGGGUACAAUUGUCAUCGACGGAGUAGACAUAGGCACGAUCAGCCGGGAACAAAUACGUGAACGACUUGUCUCCAUUCCACAAGACCCCUUCAUUCUCUCAAGCACGAUACGCAACAACGCAGAUCCAAUGCGCACCGCAACAGACGAGGAGAUCAUAUUGGCCCUGCAACGGAUCGGGAUAUGGAACACUUUAGAAAGUCGUGGUGGACUUGAUGCGGUGCUAUUAGACCACCCCUUGUCACAGGGACAGCAGCAGUUGUUCUGCCUAGCCAGGGCUAUAUUGCGCAGGCCUGAUAGCAGGAUUCUGAUCCUUGAUGAGGCGACGAGUAGCGUAGAUAGCGAUACGGAUGCCGCUAUGCAGAAGGUGAUUAAGGAAGUAUUCGCCGGGUGUACUAUAAUUAGCGUUGCGCAUCGGUUGAACACAAUUAUGGACUCGGAUAUGGUUGCAUUGCUGGAUGGUGGGAAGUUGGUGGAGUUUGAUAGUCCGGGGAGCCUUUUGGCUCGUGAUAGCAUUUUUCGACGGAUGUAUCAGAAGUAG